UACAAGUCCGAAGAUUUAACACAUUGCAUAUUGAUUUUGAAAAUCCUUCCAUCCUUAAGAUGAAAUGUCAACGGAAAAGUGCCACCAUCAUCACGCAACCCUGUCGUCGUCGUCAUCAUCAUCUUCAUCAUUGACCAGACGAAAAAGCUGAAGCAACCGUGAUCUCAAUUAUCUCUUAUGAUGGAACUCUUGUCAAACAAUUCGGUUCCGCAACAAAUGGCUAGCAGCAAUACGCCCAGUUCGAAUGUGGGUGGAGUAGGAGUAGGCGGUGGAGUUGGUGUUGGAGUAGGUGUGGGCGUUGGCUCCACCAUGGCCAAUGCCAACGGUGGCAGCGGUGGCGGCAGUAUUAGCAGCAAUGGCAGCAAUUCAUCAGAACGCCUACUGGCCGGAAUAUUAGAAUCAUUUCCCGCCUGGGAUCUAAAUGUGGGUAGCCUAAUGCCAAAUGUGGGACAAAGCUCACCGCCACGCACAGAUUUUUUUAUAAAUAAUUUUCUUGGAGGCCUUGAUAGCCAUGGUGAUUUCACAAUAGGCCCCAUUGGCAGCGGAGGCCCACGGAAUCACAAUCAACCAAAGAUGUCACCCGAAUCAUCGAAUAACUCAAGCAUCAGUUGUGGAUGGUGCGAGGUCAGCGCUUCGAUACGUUGUCUGGAAUGCAAUGAAUUCAUGUGCAACGAUUGUCUGCGUGAGCAUCGCAAUAGUCCGCUAUCCUCCAACCAUUCGAUUGUCUCACUGCCCACACCCAUUGGCGCCUCGCCCACAAUGGGAGUUGGCGUAAAUUCCAUGCCCAAUUCCAACACUAAUGUCAAUGGCCAGUCGCCGGCCAGCUCAAACUUCAUAUGCGACAUACACAACGAGAUGCUGCGCUAUGUGUGCGAUUAUUGUCGGAAAUUGGUUUGCCAAUGUUGUACCCUGCAUGAGCAUAAGGAGCAUAGCUAUGCCUCCAUUCAAAGUUUCAUGGUGGGCUCCAAAGAGAAGCUAGAAGGCGCCAUUGAGAGCAGCCAGGUGGGCACACGAUGCAUCAAGGGCAGCAUUGACAAGGCUUUGGCCUUUAUACGCCUAAUCGAACGCAAUUGCAGCGAAUUGAGCGACAAUAUACGCAAGGCUUUCCGUCAAUUCAUCAUAGCCAUAGAAGAUCGGGAACGUUUCUUGUUGGAUUUUGUGGAAAAGCUGCGUCAGCGUCGUCUGGCCAUUCUACAUGAUCAGAUGGCUGGCUUGAAGUCCGCAUUGGCCGGUCUUUCGGAAACUUCGGAUAUGCUUAGCAAGGUGGCCGACAAUGCCUGUCAAAUGGAUCAAAUUGAGAUUGCCAUGAAACUGACAAACGGCCAGCGUCAGAUGGAACAAUUCGCUGGCAUCUACAAGGACUUGCAGCCCAAGCAGGAGGUAUUUGCCUUUGCCCCACCGGACUAUAGUCUGCUGCAGGAUAUACGCAAUCAGGGUGGCGUUAUACUGGUGGACGAUAAAAAUAUGCCCAUAGUAUCCAGUAAUGGCAAUGGUCUACCCCUUGAAGUAUCUGCUUUUGCUGGCAUGGUUAGCAAUCCCUUGAAUGUGGUGGCCUCCACGGCAUCGGCCUCUUCAUCGGUGGCAUCGAACUCAGUGCGUCGUCCUCUAUUGCGAGACAACAGCUUUCGCAUUCCAUCGCCUAUAUUGCAACAGCAGCAGCAGCAACAACAACAGCAACAGCAGGCACAACCACCAACCAGAGGAGGAAGUGCCUGUGGUAUGUCAAGCGCUGCCCUGGACUGGGAACUAAAUGGCUUACGCAGUUCUCCUGGCCUACACUUCAGUGCUCCACGUACAACUCAGGCUAUUCCAGGCUGCAUGGAUUUGGUGAAAGUGCGAAAUUCGAACUCAUUAUCUCUAUCAUUCGCUACCGAGGGUCACGAAGAUGGUCAAGUAAGUCGCCCCUGGGGCCUGUGUGUGGACAAAAUGGGACAUGUUCUUGUCUCCGAUCGUCGCAAUAAUCGAGUGCAGGUCUUCAAUCCGGAUGGCUCAUUGAAAUUCAAAUUUGGACGCAAAGGUGUGGGUAAUGGAGAGUUUGAUCUGCCGGCCGGUAUCUGUGUGGAUGUGGAUAAUCGGAUAAUAGUCGUCGACAAGGAUAAUCAUCGGGUGCAAAUUUUCACUGCCAGUGGAGUGUUUCUACUAAAAUUCGGUAGCUAUGGCAAAGAGUAUGGCCAAUUCCAAUAUCCCUGGGAUGUGGCGGUUAAUUCACGACGACAAAUCGUAGUCACCGAUUCGAGAAAUCAUCGUAUACAACAAUUCGAUUCGGAAGGACGAUUCAUACGCCAAAUAGUGUUCGACAAUCAUGGACAGACAAAGGGUAUAGCAUCUCCGCGUGGCGUCUGCUAUACACCAACUGGCAAUAUUAUAGUCUCGGACUUUGAUAAUCAUUGCCUGUAUCUGAUCGAUCCGGAUAUCAAUGAUAUUCUGUCGGUUAAAGGUCAUGAGGGUUCAGGCUUCCAUGAGUUCAAUCGCCCCUCUGGCCUGUGCUGUGACGAUGAAGGUCGCAUUAUAGUUGCCGAUUCCAAGAAUCAACGCAUAUUGGUCUUUAAUCAGAAUCUGGACUUUAUGUGGGAUAUCGAAGUGCGUCCUUCUAUUAAUCCAUUAAUGCCACCCACUUUGGAUGAAAAGGAUCGCACUUGCGAUGUGGCCCUCAUGCCAGAUGGCCGCAUUGUUUUCCUCAUUGAACUGUCGCCAGACUCGAAAGAAGGGUCUAACCCUUAUAAGAGGUUUGUGCAUGUAUUCUAAACAGAACUCAACUGAAGAUGACUGUCAGUGUGUGUAGUUGCAACCAAAAACUGAACAGUUUUUAGAACAUAUUUUACACCAGAUCCAAAAAAAACAUGGAAACAUUUAACAGAAACUGAAGAGACCGAAACUUAACAAGCAAACAAAACCAACAAACAAAAAACAUUAAAAACGACGAUGAGAAAUUAGUAAAAAUUUUUAGCAUAAGUGCUACAACGAUUACCUCGAUAAUGCUUAAGAGUUAUAAAAACAAAACACAAAC